AUGUCGUCCAAACUCAUCCCCUCAGACCCUGAUCAUGUCAUGGUCAUUCGUAAUGUCACCCCUAACAUUGCCACUUUCUCAGUCCCCUUUUCACGAUUUGGAAAGGUCAAGAUUGGUGGACGAGGCACUCUAGUCAAGCUCACCUCUGGAGGCCUUGCCAUCUUCUCACCAGUCGCACUCACCAAAGCCACCCAGGCCAAAGUCAUGGAGAUGGGAGGCGAUAUCCGCUAUAUCGUAGCUCUGGACUAUGAGCACCACAUAUUCAUUUCUGAGUGGAAAAAGGAAUAUCCUUCAGCCAAGAUCAUCGGCCCAGAGGGUCUGCCAGAAAAGCGCGCCAAGCAGACCGACGAUCCUAAGAUCAACGACGAUGAGUUUGCUGUUGUCUUCAAGAAGGAAAAUAAGCGGGAAAUCAAGAUUGACCCCGACUUUGAUGCCGAUUUUGACUAUGAAUACGUCGACGGCCACGCCAACCUUGAGAUUGUCUUCUUCUACAAGCCUGAGCAAGUCCUGAUCCAGGCCGAUCUCCUCUUCAACCUACCCCCCACCGAGCAGUACAGUAAAGUGCCCGAAUCAGAAUUGCCCGCAGAUGGAGCUGUUGGCAAGCUCUUCGCCUGUGUCCAGAACCCCCGUGGUGAUACCAAGUGGUUACAGAGAUUCAACUGGUAUCUCCUCGCCAAGAACCGUGAAAGUUUCAACGACAGCAUGGCCCAGAUCGCCAAGUGGGACUUUCAUACCAUGAUUCCUUGCCAUGGAGAUGUUUUGGAGGGAGAUGGAAAGGAAGUGUUUAUGAAGGUGUUUGACUGGCAUCUCCAGGGACACAAAUAG